UUAUCUUGGACGUCAGAUAAUUACACUAUCAGAUUUGGAAUGUGACUAUAUUAACGCUAGGUCGUGCUGCUCAAAACUCAAUAAAUGGGUGGUCCCUGAGGUGAUUGGCCAUGCUGUUGUAACCGUACUAAUGCUUAUUUCAUUGCACUGGUUCAUCUUUCUCCUUAAUUUGCCAGUAGCAACAUGGAAUAUAUAUAGGUACAUUAUGGUGCCAAGUGGCAACAUGGGGGUAUUUGAUCCCACAGAGAUCCAUAACCGAGGCCAGCUGAAAUCGCACAUGAAGGAAGCCAUGAUUAAACUAGGCUUUCAUCUGCUCUGUUUCUUCAUGUACCUUUACAGUAUGAUUCUGGCUUUGAUAAAUGAUUGAGAAGUUGAAAAAGAACCAUUAGCUGCCAAAUUGGGUCAUCACUCCAGUGACUGGUUGUGGAGCCACAGACACCUUCUGAACAUACCUAGACCAGUGUCGUCAUGCAGUAUAUUUUUCCUCUUUGAACAAGACUAUUUUUCUGUAUUUUUAACAUAAAAUAUUUUCAAAAGACGUUGGAUUUGUGUAGGAGUUGUUUUUGUUCCUUUACAACCCAAACCUGGAGCUGCUGCUUCUGUAAGAUGAAAUCCUUGCUUACAGAACUGAUCUCACAGGAAUUAAAUGGUGAGAAGGGAAACUCAUUUCAGCAGCAUGGGCUGAUAGUAUUGGUAGUUGCAGAACAAAUUUAAGUGUAGCUCUGAUGUCUG